AUGGAUGGCGACCUUGAAAUCUCACUCGACAAGCUCCCGAUCAAACGGCUCGAAGCCAUUGAAGAAAACGGCUUCGAACGCUUCCCCUCCGAUGUGGGAUAUGACGAGAAGAGAGUGAAUUUGAUACGAAGAAUCGAUUUUGCCUGGGCGGUGGAGAGAGAGGAUCCCAGUAAGAAGCGGAAGGCCGAAGGUACAAGUGCUUCUAAGGAAGGUGCAACCACCAAUCAGCAGCAAUGGCAGUGGCAGGGUAUGGUGGAGAACCUGCAGUUAGCUCACCAGGAGCUCUCUGUCAUAAUCGACCUCAUAAACACGGUAGAGGCCAAUGAUGCUGUAACAGUUGCAGGCAUGACACGCCCAAAGCAGUUACCAAAUGAACAUUUGUCUGACCUUGCUGUGUCUACAGCGACCAAGCUGCAAAGCUUCCGGAAUCUUGGAAAAUACUUCAAGCAGUCUGCCAAAGCACUGGAAGAGAAAAUAGAGAGAGAAGCCCGAUUUUAUGGUGCCCUCAUUAGAUUGCAGCAGAAUUGGAAAAUCAAAAGGCACAGGCUGGUGGCUGCUGUCUCUGGCAAUGAAGGCUUCUAUAUCGACUUAUUUGACAAUUCGCUAUAUGAUUCUACUAUCGUGUUCCGACCCUCUUCCUUGUCCACCAUCCCUGUUGAGCAUGACUCAGCUGGAAUGCUUGCUGUCAAUUUUCCUCGAAAAAAAUGUCACUCUCUUCAGUUUGAGUUUCUUGGAUUUAGUUCUGCAUAUAAUUCGAGAAAAUCAGGUGAAAACAAAACACCUAGUGUGACCAAGGAUUCUUCUAAAGAACAUGGGAUGGAACAUGCAAGCGAUGACGAACGUGUGAAGGACAUGCAUUUAACCCUCCGUGAAGUUCAUCGAGCAAUACAUGAUGAGCAGGUGUUUGAUUUGGUAAAUCGUGAAGCAUGUAAUCCAUCUUUGUGUGUAAAUCUGACUGGUAUAAAAGAAAAUUAUUUACGCCUGAGCAUUGGUCAAGGAGCGUCUCUUUCAGUAUCACUUGUGUCACCCAGUCAGGAGGAUGAUCAAACAGUGGGUAUAUCAGAUGGAAAUACUAAAGAUUCUGAAUAUGUACCUUUGGAAUCCCCUGAUGGAGCAAAAUAUGGACGACUUGAUAAAGCAAAGAAAUUAGGGUUCCCUAAUCAACUUGGUUUCGAGAUUUAUUUGCGGCAGUUAUUUCACGAAUAUGUUUUUGUGAAAGCGAAAAACAAGUCUAUAUCCUCGUCUAGAAGUCUGAUUCCUGGCCAGCCACUCAAGGACAGUUCAAACAUUCUGAGUCAUUUCUGCAUGUCUCUUGCUCACAGAAUCUUCUCAAAUAAAGUUCUCUCUGUGCUGGAAAAUCUGGUUUAUAGGACACCAUAUAUCGACUUGAUCUCACAUCCAACUUGGCAUUCUCGGACAUCUUCAUGGACGCUCUCAAUGAAGAUUCCUCAGUCAAUCCUUAACAGCAGGAGACAAAUGCAGACAUGUGGAGUCAAUGCCUUGAAGAGUGUCAGGUCACAGUUCUGGACUAAGGUGGUAGUUGUUGAUGACUCCAUUAGUGUUGAAGGCGAAGGUGCUCCCAAUGUCAUUGCGAGUCAAAUUAUCGAGUGGUUGCACGAGGAAUCCCUUACGGUUGGUAUCAAGGCAGACAGGGACUUCCUAUCUCUGGCAUUCGAGCUUGAUCAGGAAGAAAUUGUCCGUCUGGUGGCUCACGUGGACCCAGACGAUGCCCAUGGUUGCAUCUCUUGGUGGCUCACAAUGGAAGACGGUGAAACGGGCGAACCCAUGCUUCGUUCGGACAUGUCUAUUGUUGAAACCGAAACAAGGAAGUUUUUGGGAUACCUUUCUCUGGAUGUGUUGUACUCUACACUAUUGGAUUUUCUUAACCUGUGCAGCUGUUGUUGA